AUGAACAGCAAGAUCCCCAGCCUGGUUCCUCCCUUAGGGGGAAGCCAAGGCCGGGGUGGGAGUCCAGAAAGUCCUACCCUUGUCCAUCCCUGUCCUCAGCCCUCAGUCCCUGUGGGUACCUAUGAGCUACUGCCCCGGGGAGGGGCCAUUUUGGAGAUGCCAAGGCCUGUGAUCCCCGAGGUGUCCCUUGUGCCACGGACCCUGGGUGGGGCUGGCACUGAGAUGCCCCGGGAGGGGGCGAUCCCGGAGGUGACUUGUGUGUCACAGACCCUGAGCGGGGCCUUCACGGAGUUGACCCCAUUGGGGACAAUCCUUGAGGUGACCUGUGAACCACUGCCCCCUGGUGGGGCCACCUUGGAAAUGCCACAGCUGGAGAUCCCAGAGGUGACCUGUGCACAACAGACCCUGGGUGGGGCUGGGAUGGAGAUGACCACAGUGGGGGCCAUCCCUGAGGUGUUCUGUGUGCCACAGACCCUGACUGGGUCUGACACAGAAUUGCCUCUGGUAGAAGCCAUACCUGAGGUGAGUUGUGCACCACUCCCCAGUGGUGUGGCCACCUUGGAGAUGCCACACUUAGAGAUCCCAGAAGUGACCUGUGCACACCAGAUGCUGGGUGGGGCCGGAACAGAGAUGACCACAGUGGGGGCCAUUCUUAAGGUGACUUGUGUGCCGCAGACCCUGAGCAGGACUGACACUGAAUUGCCUCUGGUGGAAGCCAUCUCUGAGGUAACCUGUGCACCACUCCCACCUUUUGGGGCCACCUUGGAGAUGCCACAGCUGGAGGUCCCGGAGAUGAGCUGUGCAGCAGUCCCCCCUGGUGUGGUCACCUUGAAAACGCCUCAGUUGGGGUUCCCAGAGGUAAUCUGUACACAACAGUCCCUGGGUGGGGCCAGUACUGAGUUGACCUCAGUGGGGGCCAUCUCUGAGAUAACCUGUGCACCACUCCCACCUGUUGGGGCCACCUUGGAGAUGCCACAGCAGGAGGUCCUGGAGGUGCACUGUGCACCAUUCCUCCCUAGUGUGGCCACCUUGGAAACACCACAGUUGGGGAUCCCAGAGGUAAUCAGUGCACAACAGACCCUGGGUAAGGCCAGUACAGAGUUGACCCCAGUGGGGGCUAUCCCUGAGGUGACCUGUGUGCCACAGACCCUGAGCGGGACUGACACAGAUUUGCCUCUGGUGGGGGCCAUUCCUAAGUUGAGGUGUGUACCACUUCCCACUGGUGUGGAUACCUUGGAGAUGCCACAGCUCAAGAUCCCAGCGCUGACCUAUGGACAACUGAACCUGGGCGGGGCCAGGACUGAGAUGCCACAGCCAGAGAAGAACUACAAGGUGACAUGUGGGCAACCACCCCUCAGUGAGGCCAGCUCAGAGAUGUCAAGAGCAGCAGCACAUGCCAUUGGGGAACAGCAAACUUUGAUGAAGAAAACAAACACAUUGCUAGACAGAGUCCUGGAAGAACAGCCUCCUACUGGCAGGACUCUGCUGAUCGACGGCCCAGUUGAACUGAAAAGAGGCCUGAAGAAGCAGAAGCGUCAUAUAUUCUUGUACAAUGAUGUGUUUGUUGUGGCCAAAACCAAGUGCAUCAAGAACUUCAAGACAAAAAACACAAUUAAAUUAUCAGAUAUGUGGACAACCAGCUGUUUGGCUGAAGAGGGAGAAGGCAACACUGAGGCUGUGAAGUCCUUCAUCUUGGGCUGGCCCACUCAGAACUUUGUGGCCACUUUCAAUUCUUCACAGGAAAAAGACAAAUGGCUUUCUCUUCUUCAGUGGAACAUCGAUCUGGAAAAAGUCAAAGAUGACCCAAAGAACAUUCCGUUAAAAAUCUACACUCAAGAUGUUGCCAAUUGUGUCCAUUAUAAAACCAUAAGAGUAAAGAACUCGCACACGGCCAAAGAAGUUGUGAAGAUGGUUUUUUCAAUUCUAAGAGUAACCGGCUCAGACACAGAUUACCAGUUGUGGGUAAAUUCUGGAAAGAAAAAGGAAAGAUAUCCCCUUGUUGGACACGAAUACCCAUACGGAAUACUGAUGAGUCACCUUCGAGACAGUGAAUUCAUGAGGAGAGGACCAAAGUUCACAACCAGCACUUUGACCUUCCAAGAGCUCUCCCUUAUGGAAGAGCUCCCUCCAGAAAUACAGUGCCAUUUCAGCCUCAAGCCAAAAUGUUGGGCUGCAGCCCAGCAACACCGAGAUUUGGAUCACAUGAUAUCUACAAGAACAUGUAUCAUCAACUGGGCCUGCUGCUGUCAUUCUGUCACUAAACUGGAGAACUCACCUGUGUCACCACCAUCUUCUUCUCCUGCCCUAGGGAAGUUCUUCGGAGUUGCCCUGCCGAACAUUUGCGACUAUGGCGAUAUUCCUUUACCUCUCUACGAUGUUCUUUUUUUCCUCAACGCCAAGGGACCCCUGACGGCUGGCAUCUUCUGGGUCCCCGGUGACAGUGACUCCUGCAAAGACAUUAUUGAAAAACUGGAUGCAGGAGUUGAAAUUGAUCUUGGGCGUGAAAAUCCCUAUGUCUUAGCAUGUGUGCUAAAGGAUUUUCUAAAAAACAUUCCGGAAAGCAUUUUUGCCAAAAGGCUCUAUCACGAGUGGCUGUCCGUAAUGGAGAUAAGCAGCGACAGACAGAAAAUUGAAAAAAUUAAAAGGCUAUUAGACCAGCUACCAAGAGCAAACGUUGUGCUCUUACGGUACGUGUUCCUGGUCUUAAGUAAUAUCGCUGAACUCUCCGCGGCAAAUGAAAUGGAUGCUUUACACUUAGGGGUGUGUAUGGCUCCAAGUAUUAUUUGUCAUCCUUCUGCGAGCAGAGAAGAAAUGGCCUCUGCAGAAAAGCUUGUGGAAUUUGUGAUAAAAAACUGCCGCAAGAUCUUUGGAGGACACGUCACUGCCCUGUUUGGAGAGUCAUCCGGAAUAUAAAAUACUCAAGAAAAACCCUCAGAUACAUCUAGCUUUCCAGAGAGCAAUGCUUCCUCAUGUGAGAGCUUGAAGAAAAAAAGCGACUGUGCUGCUGGCCCACAGUGUGAUGAAUCAAAGAAAAUGGUCCAAUUGAAUUGAAGCAUUGACUCGCUUAUAAUGUCUCUGGACUCUGGCCUUGAUGCCCUUGAAUUCUAAAUGAGCUUCAGAGCCUCCUGUAUGACUUUUAGUUCAGGUGGACCAGCCUCCUAAAGACAAGCCGAUGGAUGUAACAAUGUGCAGAGAUAUUCCACCACAGAAUCCUGCCAAGAUUCUGUCUGGCACUUGUCCACAGCUGCAGCAUGUUAAAAAAAAAAAAAUAGAAAAUGCUAUAAGCUGUCCUGUAUAAGCUCCACCUGAUCUUCAAGGCUAAUUCUAUCACAUUAACAGCUGUGGCUCACCUGUAGCCCUAGCUACUUGGGAGCUGAUUUCCCAGCAGAAACUUUGUAGGCCAGAUGAAGAGUUCAUAUCUUGAAUGGACUUCAACAAAUUUCUGACAAUGUAGCAUUCUUUAACCUGCAAACUACAGUUCAUAUUUGAUGGAGGAAUCAAAUCUUCUCCUGACAUGCAAACAAAAAGUGAAGCUGAAUAGCUCCUAUCUUGAGAAAAUACAUCUAAUUUUCAUGAAGAAAUCAAGACUGAGGAUAAAAAGUUGGAAAAGUUUGAAACUAAGCAUGAAAGUGCACAAAGUCAGGCCAUUCAACACAAUGAGGAGGAGGAAGAGGAGGAUGAGGAAGAGGAAGACGAGGAAGAGGAGGAAGAAGAGGAGGAGAAGGAGGAGUCCAAACCAAGAGUGAAAAUGAUAUUGCUAAUGUUUUUAAUCUCAGAUUGAUUAUUCAGUAUGAAUUACUAAAAAAUUAAUAAAUGGUUCACCAAGUUGAUUAUUGGGGAGGAUUAAAAAGUUUAGAUAAAAGAAUGCAAUGAAAAAGGUCUGAAUUUUUAGCCAAAAAGUCAUGGCUCUUCCAUCAUGAAAAAGCACCAGUUCACACAGCACUGUCUGUGAGGGAGUUAAGAGCAAGCAACAUCAUUUUCACUCUUGGU